UCCAAAGUGAAUGACAUAUGCGCUACACAAGACUCAAACAAUGCUCCAACCCAGAAAACGUGGAUCAACAACCCAAAUAUGCGUUAACAAACAGCUCCAGUAUCUUCCUCGUGUCUUGUGAUCUGUAAAUUUUUAUAUCAGAUUAAAGGAUCAGAUCUUGACUUGAAAUACAGAAUGCGCCAGUUAGGAUGCAUCCUGCUUACAAUUUGUUUAAUUGCUGAGACAGUUGCCGAAAAAAAGUAUUGUUGGUACUUUGAAGGAGGUUAUCCUGUUCACUUUAUAUGCAAAACAUAUGAAGACUGUUGUGACACACAAUGCUGUGUACGAGUCCUUUCCAUCCAAAGGACAUGGUAUUUUGGGCUGUUGCUGGUGAUUGCCAUCUUGUCCUGUUGUGGUGCUGGGUACUUCAUUCGCAGACGUGUUCACACUUACACUCUCCCUGAUAGACCUGAUUUCAAUGUUACCUUCACCAGACACCCCAUCCUAUCACCAGGACUGCGACAGGUCGGCUUUCAGAGUUACGGGGAUGCCGAGACCACAGUCAUUUCAACAGCCUACCCCAUGCGGACUCACCCCGCUCACGUGACAACUGUAUACCCAGUCCUACCACCCUAUUACAGCCUACCCCCUCCUUCUUAUGAUCAAGCUAUAAAGGACUCACAGAAGAAAUAAAUUCAAAAAUCCCACAAAACUCAGGUAUGAUGAAAAUAGAGUACAAAUGUAUUAUAAAAAACGUUUAUAAGCAUUUAAACUGGGAUUGCUUGAGAUUUAUAGUCUUGACGUAAAGUGCAUGUAAAAUGUUAAGCUUUUUAUGUCUGGACUGAAGUAUAUGAGGUUGUUACAACAUAAUAAAAGUAACAUAG